AUGAUGAUUCCACGAUUGGAGCUGCAGGCAGCGGUUCUAGGAACGAGAUUGAUGGACAGACUCGGAGACAGUGCUGCGUUGGAUUGGCAGCACGCACAGGCGCUAGGAAACAGAGUAGCCGAGAUUCUUGAGUCGACGAACGUGGCCCAAUGGAGAUGUCUACCGUCCGCCGACAACGGUGCUGAUGAUGCGACUCGGUCGCAAUGCAGCGUCGACCUAAGUGAGAAGUCGCGCUGGUUGAGAGGACCGGCAUUCCUGAGGAGACCAGCGGGCAGCUGGCCAGGAGCUGCACCCGCCGACGAUGCAGAUGGAGAAGAUGAAGAGGAGAUGCCGUGUGACUUUGCGCUUGUUGUAGGAAGUGACACGUUUAGAUUCUCAAGCUAUAGGAGAUUGUUGAGGACUACGGUCUGGGUCCUAAGGUUCACGCGUCGAUGCCGUGGACAACGAGAUGAGCUUGAGAACGAUGGCCUCACUGUAGCUGAGGGUGAGGCAGCUGAGAAUUUGUUGGUCCUUACAGCACAACGGGAGGUGUUUCCCGAUGAGAUGAGGGCCGCAGAGAAUGGCCUGGACGUUGCUAAAGGAAGCGACAUAUGUGGACUGGCGCCAUACCUAGAUGGCAAUGGAGUCCUGCGAGUGUACGGCAGGAUUGAUGCGGCGCUAUACCGUUCAGCGCCAAGAGGCCAGUGUGUGAUCUCGGGAUGCAGCGAGUGUAAGCUGCACAUAACGCGGCCGAUGCCGCCGAUUAUGGGACCCCUGCCAGAAGAUCGUCUGGAGGCCAGUGGCUGGCCGUUUAAGAGCGCGGGCCUCGACUGCUUUGAACCACUGCUAGUGACCGUAGCUCAGCACCAGGAGAAGCGGUGGGUGGCCUUGUUUACGUGCCUGACGACCAGGGCGAUUCAUUUGGAACUGGCGCACGACCUGUCCAGGGAUUCCUGCAUAAUUGUGAUCAGGAAUUUCAUGUGCCGUCGAGGGCCAGUACAUAGACUGCGCAGCGUCAACGGCAAGAACUUCGGUGAUGAUUGCAUUAAGCAAUUUUGUAAAUCUCUCAAAGAAAAGACUUUGAGUUUAUUUUACAAGUAUUGGGCUACAACAAAAAGUCCGGGUGCAGAUACAAUAGAUGACUUUGAACAAGAAGGAAGUUGCUGUGCCUGUGAAAAGAUAAUCACCGAUGACGAUCUGGACAAACACUUCGAUCAAUUUCCCGGAAAAUAC